AUGUUACUCGUUGAUGCAUCCGAUUCCGGAAUCGGAGGUGUGCUACAACAGCUUGUUGACGGUAUAUGGCAACCGUUGUCUUUCUUUUCUAAGCGGUUAAAACCCGCGGAAACCAAAUACAGCACAUUCAGUCGGGAAUUAUUGGCGGCAUACCUGGCCGUUAAGCAUUUCCGUCAUAUGCUAGAAGGUACCAAUUUUGCCAUAUACACCGACCACAAGCCAUUAGUAUACGCAUUUAACACCAAACCAGAUCGCCAUUCGCCAAGAGAAAUCCGCCACCUCGACUUCAUAUCGCAGUACACGACGGAUAUACGCCACAUCAAAUGGACGACCAACGUGGCAGCCGAUGCACUUUCACGUGCGCAGAUCAAUGCUAUCCACACCACGUCUACAAUUGAUCUGGCACGUAUAGCAGCUGACCAGGAGAAUGACGAAGAACUUCUAAAGCUCCGGAAUUCGUCAUCUCUGAAAUUUCAGCAUGUUCCGCUACCAUCAUCCACAUCCCAUAUUUGGUGUGAUAUUUCCACUGGUUACCAACGCCCUUAUGUACCACAGAAAUAUCGUCGAGAAGUUUUCUCCGCUCUACAUUCUCUGUCACAUCCUGGUAUUCGCUCCACUCAAAAGCUAAUAUCGACCCGUUUUGUGUGGACCAGUAUCAACAAGGAUAUCAGAGAAUGGACCAAGUGCUGUGUUGCGUGCCAAAAAGCGAAAUUCCACCGGCACAUAAAAUCACCAAUCGGUUCAUUUUCGCAGCCCGACGCACGAUUUCAGCACGUUCACAUUGAUAUCGUUGGACCCCUGCCACCUUCGCAGAACUAUUCAUAUUUGCUAACUUGCGAAGAACUGGGAUAUACUCCGGCCGAACUCGUUUAUGGCACAACACUCACCUUACCUGGGCAGAUGAUCGAACCUGUUUCACAAAACUUCCCUGACCCACAACAAUAUGUGCACCAAUUACGGACAUCCAUGUCGCAGUUAUCACCUUCAGGCCCCAGACAACAGAACGUCGUUUCACGUGUCCCAAAAGAGAUCAACACAUGGACUCAUGUCUUCGUGAGGAAUGAUGGGAUACCCUCUCAACUUCGACCACCAUAUUCCGGGCCCUACAAGGUCAUCAAAAGAGAACCCAAGUAUUUCGUCCUCGAUAUUGGAGGUAAACGAAAUACGGUCUCGAUUGAUCGUUUAAAAAAAGCUUUCAUCGAGGAGGACUUACAUUCAGUCCCCUCUUUUCCUCAAACAGACUCAGCAGCUCCAGCGAACACCACAGAUUCUGCACAACCCCGACACACCAAAUCAGGAAGAACAGUUCGAUGGCCAGCAAGGUUUGUGCAAGUUUUUCGGGUAAGUUCUGAACUCCUAACGUAUCCAUCUUCCUAA